AUGCACCGUCUACACUACAGAAGGAUAUGCUGCUAUAUUCAUCAUGGUGCUACAGAAGGAUAUGUCGCCAGAUAUGCAUUGUCUGCAUUGCAGAAGGAUGUGCAUGCAUUUGUGAGAGCUGUUCUUGUACACAUGCAGUGCACGCAUUCUGGGGUCCUUGGUAAAUCUGGAAAACGCUUCUCUUCUGUAAAAGAGGAAGUAGUAGUUAACGACGGAGUAGAGUUGACACCCAUAGUUUUCGAUGCCCAGAAGAGGUUGCGGGCAUUUUGGACAACGCUCUAUAGCAUCAACGCCUUCUGUCGAGCAAAAGAUAUUGCACCUGGGAACCAAAGCGGGCUGUUGGACAAUCCUUUACCAUCUCCGUUUGAUACAGUUAUCGAUGUUAUGCCAGAACGCUUAUCUGAGCCUACUCCCGUGAAAAAAAUUGUUACACUAGAAUGCCUAUCUGAGCUUGCCCGCCACAAAAACGUCGAGCAGCUUCAUCAGCUUGGAGGCGUUCCAGGAGUUGCCUCAUAUCUCAAAUCCGAUGCUGAAAGCGGUAUCCAAGGUGAUGAUGAGGAAAUUGCACGUAGGCGCCAUAACUUUGGUUCAAACACUAUCCAGAAGCCAACUCCAAAAACUUUACCCAUUGUGCUUGAGACCGUCAGAGAUCCCAUCAUUAUUAUCCUACUUGUCUGUGCAACACUUUCAGUCUGUUUUGGUAUAACACGUCAUGGGCGGAGAGGAUGGUCUGAUGGGGGAAGCAUAUUUGUCGCUGUCAUUCUUGUGAUCAUGGUGACUGCCACGAGUAACCUCUGGCCAAGAAGACAAUUCUUUAAGCUAUGGAAAGCUCGUGACAAAUUCUCCGUCUCCGUCAUAAAAAAUGGGCAACAGAUGCGCAUCUCAGUGUUUGAAGCCGUUGUUGGGGAUAUUAUUUGUUUGAAGACUGGAGACCAAGUUCCUGCUGAUGGCUUAUUCAUAGAUGGGAAUCCCUUACAGGUGAACGAGUCAUGCAUCGCAGCUUGGAGGGAAUCAGUCGAAAUCAAUAAAAGCUGUAAUCCAUUCUUUCUCUCUGGCACGAAGGUGAUCAACGGUUCUGCUCGAAUGCUUGUGACUGCAGUCGGCAUCAACACAGAAUGGGGGAAGAUGCUGAGCUCAAAAAGCUAUGAUAUUGAGGAAAGAACUCCAUUACAAAGGAAGCUACGUGAGCUGACGAUACAAAUAUCUAAAGUCGGUUUAAGGGUUGCUUCCUUGGUGCUGGUAGUACUGCUUGUUCGUUACUUUGUCGGGAAUAUGCGGAAUGAGGAUGGAAAAUCAGACUUCACUGCCGGGAAGACAAAUAUCCAUGAAGUCUGCAAUGAUCUGAUAGGGAUCCUAGCCACCCCAGUUUCUAUUGCUGCAACUGCCAUCCCUGAAGGUUUGCUCCUAGCUGUCAUGAUAACCAUUGCUUACUCAACCAACAGGAUGGCAUCUCAAAAGGCACUAGUAAGAAAUCUUUCAGCCUGUGAAGCAGUUGGUUCCGCAGAUGUAAUCUGCACAGAUGAAAGAGGAAGUCUUACCUUGAAUCAUCUGAUAGUAAGCGAAUUUUGUUUCGGCAACAAGCUUCUCAAUGCAGGAACUUCCUCAAUCAUCCCAAGAAAUGUUCUUGGACUGCUCCGUGAAGGUAUGCUUUUGAGAAGCACUGAAGCCUCAUCAGGAUCUCCCAUUGAACUUUUUGAGAGUCAAGUUCACAGUACAAUUCAGGCGUGGAGUGUCCAAGAUAUGGACGUCAAUGUUGAACAAGUUCGAGCAAAUUGUGCCGUUCACAGUCCAGAAAUCUUCAAUUCUGAGAACACUCAAAGUAGCAUAUGGAUCAAGAACAAUACCAGUGAUAGUAUUCAUGUGCACCAGAAAGGCCAACCAGAAAUCAUAUUGGCCAUGUGCUCACAAUAUUAUGAUGAAGAUCGGAUCGUCAAACAUAUGUCUGUAGAUGCAAAAAAAAAGCUUGGAGCAAAUAUUUCAGGAGAUGAAGUCUAA